GCCACGUUUUUUCAACAUGGCUCUCGUUUUAGCAGGGGGGGUGAUGGCUUUUGAGAGUAAAGCAGCAGGUUAAACAAAAUAUAAAAAUAGCAUGCGGGGAAUUAGACUUUCAUCACUGGAUUCAGUUUACAGAAAUAUUAAAUAAUGGCAACGCCAGGGAUUGAACAGCUGUUUGACUUCCAGAGGUGGCCACGCGAUGGACUGCUUCUCUUCGUUUUUCUUUUGUACGCCCCAGUAGGAUUGUGCUUGCUGCUGCUCAGAAUAUUUAUCGGUGUGCACGUGUUUUUAGUGAGUUGUGCCCUACCGGACAGCCUAGUCAGAAGAUUUAUUGUGCGUGUCAUGUGCUCAGUUCUGGGUAUGUGUGUGAAACAGAGCAACCCUCGUCUGAGGGACAGAAAUGUGAAAUUGUACAUCUCUAAUCAUGUGACACAGUUUGACCACAACAUCAUCAACCUCCUAACAUCCUGCAACACGCCCAUGUUGGAUGGCUCUCCUGGUUUCGUGUGCUGGGCGCGUGGGUUCAUGGAGCUGGGGAUGAUGUCUAGCAGGUCAGAAAUGGCCGAGUGCCUGAAGCAGUACUGUACUACUGAGGGCAACCUGCCCCUGCUGCUGUUCCCCGAGGAGGAAACUACCAACGGCCGGACAGGCCUCCUCAAAUUCAGCUCCUGGCCUUUCGCUGUUACAGAUUCUGUCCAGCCUGUGGCUUUGAUUGUGAAGAGGCCGUUCAUACCAGCGAAUACUGAGGAGUCCUCUUGGAUUCUUGAGCUGUUAUGGACGCUCUUCAUCCCGUUUACAGUGUAUCAAGUAAGGUGGCUUCCAGUGGUGCCACGACAGGAUAGCCACACGAACCAAGAGUUUGCUAAUAAGGUCCAGGAGAUGUUAUCUAAGGAGCUAGGUAUUGCCUCGACGCAGAUCACACGGUCAGAUAAAGCAGAGCUCAUUAAGAGGAAAAGGCAUGUUGCGCCUCAAACUACAAAUUCAAAUCAGUCUGUAGGUGCUAGACCCAGAGCCAGUCCCGUGAGCUUCAUGGCUCCUAACUCAGGGGUGGAGGAUGUGAGGAUGGCCCAGAUGAUUCAGCAGGUGAAAGAAGUGCUUCCGGAUGUCCCAUUCAGCAUCAUCAAGAGAGACCUAGGGCGGACAAACUGCGUGGACACCACGAUCACCAAUCUGCUCGAGGGAGCGGAGGAGCUAGUUCUAGAUUCUGCGGGGGGGUCAGGCUCUGUGCCCGCCCGGAGUCCCGUCUCUGGCAUCACAGCUCCCAGGCCGCCUGUGAAGCCCACUUCUAAAACAUUUGGGAAAUCUCCAGCUGACAGACACAUGUCUCUGCAGGAACGAAAAGAGGCCCUCUAUGACUACGCCAGAAGACGUUACAUUGAGAAGCAUGGACUGAAUCAAGACACCGAUAAAGCCCACUGAUGCUGCAUGGGGAAGAAGGAACAGAUGAAACAGCCAUUAUUAUCAAAAUUGUAUUGAACUCAGGCAAGGGGCCUUGGUGUCUGCAAACACUCAUGUAUAUUACAGGAACAGGUGUGUGGAGAAGAUUUACUUUCAAAGACUUAAAUGGAAGGUUUUUUAAACCUUUUGCACGGCAAUCAUGCAUGUACCUUCUUUCUAAUUAUUUCUCUUUACAAAGAAAAAUUAUUUUGGUAAAAGUUUGUAUUAAGAUCCAGUUACAGUGAUGCAUCUUUUAUUACUUUGUACAAGUUUAAAAGUGAUUCGCAGAUCGUAAAAGCAGAAUUCAUCUUAUUUAAUUUGAAAGGUUGAGACUUCUGUAGGUUCCUUACAUUACAGUUAUACGAAUAUUGCAAUAACAUACGGUAUCGGCUUUUAAAUAAAUCCUGCCAUUCAAGAAAGCAAGAAGGUAAUCCUGUGUAAUGUGUUUUUCAUGUGUCACAGUGUUUAAGUACCACCAGAAAGAAGUUACUCUCCAGGUUCCCUGUUUCAUUGGCCCCAUACACUGAAUUUAGCUGAUCUGUGUAGUGCAAAGCUACGUUAUGGCCCAUAUAUUAACAAUUAUUCUAAUGGCAAAAAGUAUAUUUUUACAAGUUCUGUACCUUAACUGAAUAAUAGCUGUGCUGUGGUGCAUGACUUGGUUUAUAGAGGCAGUGUAAUUUUCAGUACCGACGAUUACUCAGAGUAUCAGGUGUUUCCUGUCAAGUCCAGAGUAAAUUAUUUCUGAGGCCUGGGGAUAAUCAUGAUCCAUUGCAUAGGCAAUGUAUGCACAAAUUUAAUCUGAUUUUCACAUUUCAACAAGUUAUUGAGUACAUUUCUUCAGUAUAAAUUGCUUUGAGUCACCUACUUCAAUUGAGAUGAAAAUGAAUUGUCCAGUGAUAUGCUGGGAGCAAGAAAAAAUGUGGUCGGCAUUUUUUCUUUGCAGAAAUGGUACUGGAUUUUAAGGCAGAUUUAUACUUUUGUUAAUUUGUCAGUUAAACAUUGGCAUCUGUAAUAUUUUCCUGACUUGUGCUUGCCUGAACUGUGCCGUUUUACCCAUUGUUGAAGGCCGAUUUAUUUCUCCCAAGGAGUUCUAUCGGUGUAGAAGAGUUUAAUUUUCUCUCAAAUAACCUUGACCACAUCUUAAGUGAGUGAGCAUUAUCGGUCUAAAAAUGUACCUUCAGUGCCAUUAUGUACUAUUGGCAUUGUUGACAUAUGUCCAACCUGUGAGCUGUUUAAUAAUUAAACUUUGAUGCACCAAGUGUCUUAAAUCGUUAGUAAUACCAUAAACAUAAGUUUGUUACUUGACCCCAAUCUCUGUAUGAUCUCUUCAAACCUUUAUUUUACAGUUAAGUGCACUAUUCAUUAGGUAGUGUGUGAAAUCUGGUAUUAAUGGUGUGUGUAAAGCACUUCAAUUGAGACGAGUCCAGAGGCUUCUGUAUCUCAGCUGCUUACAGCUAUCUGUUUUAUUUCAUCUUAAAUUUGAAUUACAUAUUUAUCCUAGGUGUUCAUUUCCUGGUACUACUGUAGGUUUGCUAGUCUUAGUCUUCAGCUUAUUUAAAUUAUGCAAUCGAGUGCAAAUGACUGUUUUGAUAGCUCUGUGUUUCAUUUCGGAGGAACAAAUAAAAAGAAAGCGUGAGGAUCCUUAA